AUGAGAAUUCAGGAUAGUCUACAAAUUAUACUUAAUUCAGUUGAUGGAUUGGAAAGUAUAACAAUAAUUGAUCCAUAUUGUUCUAUUGUUACUACGAUUGGAAACAGUACAAAAGCUCAACUUGGAGCAAUUCAAGGAUAUAAAUCUAUCUGUGAUCAAGUUAAAAAGUUUCAAAUUGGUCAAUUAAAAUCAUUAUCAUUAAUAUAUGCUGAUAGUAAAGUUAGUGGGCAAUAUCUUGUUCAGUUGCGAGAUAAGUUAACACCAAUUAUGGAGGAAUGCUUAAGAGCAAGUAAUAUGUUGCGGGAUUUUUAA